CAGUGAGUUGAUCUCACGGAAUUAUAUUAUUGCAAAUUGCAACAUGCCUACGAAAACAACCAGAUCCUACGACUCUGUCGACAGCAAUUGGACUUUUAUGUACGUCGUACUGAGCCUAAUCCCAGUAGCAUUUGUGGCUGUGGCGGUCCUUUCUACGAGGCGUGACAAGGCGAUACAGCGGGAGAAGAGCGAUAUGGAGAUGGCUAUCGUGCGUCGACAGACGUGGCCUCCGUGGAGGAAAGCCACCUCCGGCCCCAAGCGAUCAGGAGAGCCACAUGGGCAGUACCCGUAUGUGACAUCUCCGCCCCGGGUAGUGACAAACCCUCCCAUCCCGCCACGGAAUUUCGGCAGGUCCGUUAAGGAGAGUGAUGGCGAGGAGAUCGAUAGGCUCACAAGAGAUAGAGACUUCACAUAG